AAAUCCAAAUAUCAUAGUUCAUCUCCAUCUUCUCUCACAGACUCAGACGAUCGAAAUCAAAAGCUGCUAAAAUCAGAUCAAAAUCAAAAGCUCGCGAAGAUGAUGCACAUGACCUUCUACUGGGGAAUCAAAGCCACGAUUCUCUUCAAUUUCUGGAAAACAGACUCAUGGCUAAGUUACAUCCGCACUUUGAUCGCUUGCUUCGUCUUCUCCGCCUUUUACCAAUACCUCGAGAAUCGCCGCGUCCAAUUCAAAUCCCUUUCCUCCUCCUCAUCCCGUCGUCCUCAGCCGGCUCGCUCUUCCUCCGGCGUAUCCGCUCCUCUCAUCCCCAAAUCCGGUACCAGAUCCGCCGCUAAAGCCGCUUCGAUUCUUCUUUUCGGCGUCAACGCUGCGAUCGGUUACUUGCUUAUGCUUGCUGCUAUGUCUUUUAACGGAGGCUUUUUCAUCGCGAUUGUCGUCGGAUUAACCGUCGGAUACGCCGUUUUUAGAUCUGAUGACGGCGGUUCUGACGCCGUCACCGAUGAUCCAUGUCCCUGUGCUUGAUUGAUGAGAAAAAUCAGAAAAAAAAUCUCGAAAAAAAAAAAAAAAAGUGUGGUUGAUGUUUGUAAUUCUGAUUACAAUUUGUUGUGUUGUUUAUUUCUGUAUGAUUAGUUAAUUGCGAAUUGAAAUGGUUUAAAUCUCA